AUGCCGUGUGCCAACUGUUACACGGGACAUGAUCAUUCCGGUCCCGUCCACGGACGUGAGGCCAAGCUCCAUGGCCACGAUGUCUACAUUGCAGAGCCUCAGACCAAAGGCGUUUCGCAGACUGGCUUAAUUGUCAUUCUUUCCGAUGUGUUUGGAUGGGACACAACCAACCUGCGUGGUGUUGCAGACAGAUACGCGGAGCGGACUGGCUGCAGGGUAUACCUUCCAGAUUUUAUGCAUGGGACCUCUGCACCUGCAUGGACAAAGGCAGUCAUUGAUAGGAUCCUUACUGAAGGAGGCCUAUGGGGGUGGCUGGCAAAACCAUGGCUCGUACUGAAGGCCGCAUGGGUCAUGGUGCCCUGCAACUUUCGAAAUAACCCCAAGAAGCGCUACCCGGGCAUCCAGCAAUUCAUGGAUGACCUACGCUGCGCUGAGGCAGCAGACCUCAAAGUCGGCGCGGUGGGCUUUUGCUGGGGUGCAUAUGGUGUCACGCACAUGGCUCACGGCGACUUGGCGAGGAACGGCAAGACGCUCAUUGACGCAGCCUUCACUGCCCACCCGAGCGAGGUAGAAGUCCCUCGAGACUUUGAAGGUGUGAAGCUUCCAUACAGCAUGUCCAUUGGCGAUGCCGACUUUGCCUUGCCUCUAAAGGAGGUGGAGGAAGCUGCCAAGAUUCUUGAAGGGAAAAAGAAUGUGGACACUGAGGUGGUUAUUAUCCCCAACGCAAGGCAUGGUUUCGCUGUCAGGGGCAACCCUAAUAAUAAGAUUGAGAAGGAGAUGGCGGAUCAAGCAGAAGAUCAGCUGGUUAGAUGGUUUACCAAACACUUGGCCUAG